GACCCUGGAGAGCAGCAGGAUGCUAACAGGGCGCUAACAGCUAACUGCUGCCACAAGAAUUCAUGAACUACAUUACCAUUGGCAUUUGACUGUUUGACUGAGACUUAGUCAUGUCUCAAGUUGAGAAGAAAGCAGGGCUGCUGAGGAGGACAUCAUCCUCUAAAAAACCUUUGAAAGAGAAGGUGGUUCUGAUGUACGACGAGAUUUUUGCUAAAGAAGACCCGGCUAAAAAUAACCCUCGCUUCUGGGACGAGCUGUUUCUCAUGAAGGUGAACUUGGAGUACCUGGAGUCCAAAUUGGAGAGUGUAAAUGGGGAGGAAGUGCAACGUAUCCAAGACAACAUCAACUCCCUGUUUCACCACUGCGUCCAGGCUCUAGGAGAGGAGCACCAGAUCAAAGUAGUCAACGCCCUGCAGACUCUCUGUGCACUUUUCCGAGGGGUUCAUCAGAAGAACAAGUCUGCAUCCGGCUUCGACAUUAUUAACAUGCUCAUGGGCUUUGACAAGGCGGAGCAGAGGAUGAAGGACCUGAUGGAGAGAUUGGACAGCCUACUUUGUGGAGACAGCUCAGAGAGCCUCAAGAGCCUUUGCCUAAAAUUGUUACUGUGUUUGGUGACGGUAACAGAUAAUAUAAGCCAGAACACAAUUCUGGAAUAUGUGAUGAUCAACAGUAUUUUUGAAGCUAUUCUACAAAUUUUGUCAGAUCCAUCCAGCAGAGGGCAGCAUGGGUAUGACGCAGUGGUUCUUCUGGCGCUUCUGGUCAACUACAGAAAAUAUGAGUCUGUGAAUCCGUACAUUGUGAAACUCUCCAUUGUGGACGAUGAACCGACACUCGAUGGCAUGGGCGUGGUCCUUCAUCAAGCUCUGACAGAAUAUAACAGACAGUACAAAGAUAAAGAGGAAGAGAACCAGGGCGGGUUCUUCUCAACUCUCACUAGUAUGGUGGGCAGCAUGUUUAUAGCAGACGUUGAUGAGAAACUCUCUGUACAGACAAACGAGGCAAUUCUGCUGGCACUUUACGAGGCGGUCCACCUGAACAGAAACUUCAUCACAGUGCUGGCACAGAGCCAUCCUGAGAUCGACAUCGCAGUCACACCCACCACUCCCACUCCAACAACACCAACAACACCACUCGGCACGACACCACCCUCCCUAGAUGUGAUGAAUAACCCAGAGCUGCCCUUGGAUCCCAACCUGCAGACCAGCAACCUUCUCAUUACCUUCCUCAAGUAUGCCUCUAUCGUAAUGCAGGAUACUAAAGAUGAGCAUCGACUCAACAGCGCCAGACUGUGCCUGAUCAUCCUCACGUGCAUCGCUGAGGACCAGUACGCCGAUGCCUUUCUUCAUGACGACAACAUAAACUUCAGAGUCAGCCUUCACAGGAUGCCGAUGAGACACCGGAAGAAAGCGCCGGGUAAAAACAUCCCUUCACGUCCGCUGGUUUGUGCUGUUCUAGAUCUUAUGGUGGAGUUUAUCGUCACUCAUAUGAUGAAGGAUUUCCCCAUGGAUCUAUACUUGCGCUGUGUUCAAAUCAUUCACAAACUGCUAUGUUACCAGAAGAAAUGCAGAAUCAGACUACACUACACCUGGAGAGAGCUUUGGUCAGCUCUCAUCAACCUGCUGAAGUUCCUGCUGUCAAAUGAAACAACACUACUGGCCAAACACAACAUCUUUCACCUGGCCUUGCUGGUGGUAAACUUGUUCAACAUGUUCAUAACCUACGGAGACACAUUCCUGCCCACAUCCAACAGCUACGACGAACUGUAUUACGAAAUUGUCCGAAUGCACCAGGUCUUUGACAACCUCUACUGUAUGGUUUUGAGAGUAUCCACCAACACAGGACAGUGGAAGGAGGCAGCCAGCAAAGUCACGCACGCCCUCGUCAACAUUCGUGCCAUCGUCAACCAUUUUAAUCCCAAGAUUGAGUCGUACGCCGCAGUGAACCACAUCUCCCAGCUGUCAGAGGAACAGGUGUUGGAGGUGGUCCGCUCCCAUUACGACACUCUGACCCUGAAGCUGCAGGACGGUCUGGACCAGUUUGAGAGAUAUUCAGAGCAGCCAAAAGAAGCUGCGUUCUUCAAGGAGCUGGUGCGCUCCAUCAGUCUGAACGUGAGGAAGAACGUCUCUCUGAACACGCUGAGUCAGGACGUGCUGCUCAAAGAGUUCUCCACCAUCUCCUGAACCUUUGGGUUAACCUUCAUGUGCAUGUGGACCCGUACACACACACCCACACACACACACACACAUGCAGCCAUCCCACACAGACCAGACAAGUCCUCAACGGUUCUUUCCAUUUCCACAACCUUCGUCCGUGUACCAAGCGGUGGAAAACCGACGGACGCCGCGCCGACUGACCCGGACGCAGCAGUCCAAUCUCUGUCCACGCUCUCUUCUUCUGUGGUUCUGGACGUAUCUGAAAUGCAAUCAGUUGGACUGUUACUGACAGGGGAACAAAAAGUAUUUCUCCUGCUGUUCAUAUAAUCCCAGUUCGUGACAUUUUAGGCUUUCCAUCUUCCGAAGCUGAGGUGACGGUGGUUCUGAGCCGUUUUGACCCGAGUGACUUUUGUUGAUUUUUAUUUUGUUUUUGCUCUUGAAAAUCUGGAGUGGAGUGAAUGUAAAAAGAAACAAACCUCUGGUAUUUUCUACUUUUAUUUCUGAUGAAGCGUAGAACAAUAAGGCGAUUGAGUUGAAGAUGCCGCAAAGUGAUUAAAAACUGACGACAGCUAAUGAGAAAUCCCUGCUGUUACCGUCAUUUCUUUUUAACAAACUAACCUGGAAGUGUUGAGGUGUUCACACACACACACCUGUGUGCGUUUUGGCACUAAUUACGACUGUUUAUAGCGGGAAAAACAACCUUGAUAUAAAACUCUCUGAAGUGAUUAUUUUUAGCUUAAAGUCGACGUUAAUUAUGUAAUUUUAUCCAGUGUAUGGCCUGUCUGUCAUCUCUAAAUCCUGUAGGUGUAUUUAUGUUUUUUUUUUGUUUUUUUUUAUAAAGAUUCUUUUCCAACUUAAUUUUUUUUUCUCAGAUGAUGGAUACAUCACCACAUCAAGUUUCUUUCGCAGCCUUUCAUCAGAUCAGCUAAUGUGCGCUCGGUCACCUCACUCAGCAGUGAAAGAUGUGUUUUCUUUUGAUGAAUACAGUGACUGAAAACAAA